UAAAAUACGUGAUAACGUUGCCGAAUUCAAUAUAUACCUAACAACGAAACCUGAAAAAGAGGCUCGCAGAUAAUACCUGUUAUUAUUUGCCAAUGACAGUCUGAGGCGAGAGAAAACACAGCGAGAUAAGAAUACAAGAAGCUAGAUAAAAAUAUAGCUCAUCUCCUCAUACGGUUCUAUAUCCUGGCAGUGAUAUAUGCAGCUGGUGACGAAGCUGAAGGAGAAUGAAAUAGCGUCAUAUAUUGACGAACAACAAGAAGAGGACUCUCCACUUUUGGGCAUAUAUCAACAAGGAUCACGUGCCCACGUAGAACACCUUGACUCCUACUGUAUGAAACGAAUCCGUGACAUUCAAGAGGAAUAGAGAGAGCUGUUGGAAAACCGGCGAGCAUCCGGAGAAGUGAUCGAGCUGAUUAGACGAGGAGAAUAAUAAGCCCACAAGACGCGACGCAGCACCGUAAAUGGCAACGCUGGGAGGAAACAUGGCAACCAUGUGUGCGGAGAAUUGUACCGAUGGAGGGAUUCUGUAUGAGCUCGUGUCGGAGGAAAUCUGGGCACCAUGGAAUGCAGCCCUAAGCUACUUCGAAUACCAGCCAUGGUUCUUCUCCCUUCUUGGAAGCCUCAUGGUUGGCCUUUCCGGCGUUCUUCCCCUCCUCGUUAUACCGAUAGAUCACGGUAUCGAUUUGAAACAUGGAGAGAGCGCAGGAACACUCAAUGUUUUAUUGAGUUUCGCAGUCGGAGGACUUCUGGGCGACGUUUUUUUGCACUUACUACCAGAAGCAUGGGCAAACAAGGCGCUGAAUCAAUGGUCGAAAGAAGGUCACGCGUCAAUGGCUUGUGGUCUGUGGGUAUUGGCAGGGUUCCUGGUCUUCGUAAUUGCAGAAAAAAUAUUUGGCGGAUUAGCACAGAACGGAGAUGAUGAGGAAGAUGACGACGAUGAGGAAGAGGAAGAUGCAGUUAACGUUGACGUUGACGACAACAUCGGAUUGUCGGAAAGCAUAAACAGGAACAAAAUAAAGCAGCUUGAAUUGUUGAACAACAAUAACUUUCAAAAAGAAUUGGAGAACAACAAUUGUCUGAUGUCUAAUGGAAACGUGAAGAACGGCUGCGUGAGAUUAAGUGCCCAGAUCAUGAACGGUAUCCCGAAGGAUAUCUUGAGCCUAAACGGUGGUUGUUGCAACAUGUCCAACAGCUGCAAAAACGGUCUGAACGCGAAACUAUCGAACGGUUUUAUUUCGAACCAUUCGGAUUAUGCAAACUCUGUAAAAGUCUCGACGGAGUUGAAAAAUGGCCUCGCUACAAAGGGCACUAACGGUUACGUGGAAAUGACCGAUCAGCCGACGAAUAUUACCAAAGAUUCUUCCCGCGAAAUAAUUGCAGCUAAGAAAAUUGCCAAGAAAGAGAAAGCCAAACAUAUUUCUGGGUACCUCAAUCUACUGGCCAAUUCAAUCGACAACUUUACACACGGUUUGGCAGUCGGUGGAGCAUUCCUAGUCUCGUUUAGACUCGGGGCUCUGACCACCCUAGCUAUUCUGGUUCAUGAAAUACCGCACGAAGUCGGAGAUUUCGCUAUUCUUUUGAGGAGCGGGUUCAAUAGGUGGGACGCAGCUAAAGCGCAGCUGCUAACAGCCGGAGGGGGAAUUUUUGGGGCUUUAGUUGCCGUGUUAUGCUCUGGAGGCGGUGUCGAGGCUAGAACAAGCUGGAUUUUACCGUUCACAGCAGGGGGCUUUCUUCACAUCGGCCUGGUUACUGUCCUACCUGAACUUCUCCAAGAAACGAACCCUAAGGAAUCUUUGAAACAAUUAGCUGCUCUUCUACUUGGUAUUACGUUAAUGGCCUUCAUGACUGCGAUAUGCGAUUGAAUAUCAGAAGACUUUCGAAUAAUUCAAGAAACGAAGUUGAAAUGAGAG